AGAAGUUCGUGGUGUCCUGUAAAGCAUGCACUUGGCAUUGCUCUCAAUGGCCGAGACACAGCCUCGAGCACUCAAAACGUACAUCACAUGGACGGAGGACCUUGAGGUAGAGCUUCUUCGUGAAGUGUCGCGCAUCGAACCAUUCGCCGCUGACCACGGUGAUCUGCUGCAACGCUGGAAACUGGUUGCAAGUGGCCUGAGCGCUCACGAGCCCAAGAUCAACUACCGUGGUGCUCGUGAGCAUGUCGACGCGAUGCUCAAGCAAUUCAAGCAAGAGGACAAGGUCCAACAACUCUCAAGUGGAACCGAUGAGGAUGUCACCGAGAAGGUUCAGCUACUGCAGGACCUCAUCAUGCGCAUGGAUGAAGUGGCCUCAUCGAAGAAACGAAAGCGGGUCAAGGAGAGUGAGAAGAAGAAGGUGCUUGAGAGCACCGGUGACAAGCUCUGUCGUGAAGCCGAAAUCCGUGUAGCGAAGAGGUCGAAGACGUGGUCGUCGUCGCGAUUGUCUACCGGGAGUUCGCAAGACGAUUCGGUAGAAUCAUCCUUGAACGACUUAUUGGAAUUUGAGAAGCAGCGGCACGAGGAUGACCACAAGUACCGAAUGGAGCGGCUAAAAUUCGACAACGAGGAGCAGCGCCUGCGCCGCUUACAGAGCACCCAACUAGAAAAUCUUGUGGGUGUUAUGAUGCAAUUCAUGGGUAAUCAACAAAAGUAG